GCAUUAAAAAAAGAAUUCAUGUAAAUUUUAGUUUUUUUUAAUUAAAUUAUUUGGUAAUAUUCAAGAGUUAACUACAUAAUAAUGUCUGUAUUGAGCCCCCUAAUUAUUGUAUUAAUCUGUUUGUUAUUCACGUGCAGAGAUAUAAUUUUGAUUGGUUGGUUUUAUAUUAAUGUUGUUUUUUCGUCAUUUUUAAAGAUGGUAUCCAAUGUAGCGAGAUGAUUAAAUAUUUUGAGUGCAGCGCUGGUAGCUAGCUAGACAAGUCACAUCGUACAAUGCCUGAUUGCUGUUUUGACGAUUUUAAUGUAGAUUCUACAAUGAUUGCAUACACGUUGAGAAAUUCAGAUAAUCAAAGCAACAAGGAUGCACCUUGUAUAUUUGUACACAGUCCACCACCAACUAGAAAAAUAUCAAAGGUUGGCAUGAGCAAAGAUACAUCUGAUAUAAUGAAGAAAGAUGAAUCCAUAUCACCUUUAAAAUCCUGUAUAUUGCUGCAAAAGGAUGAACAUUCGGAGGUAAGGGUACCUGUAAAGAAAGCUAAAAGCGUGCAUUUUGCAGAUACUCUGGGUAAACCCUUAAAGUCAGUAAAAACUUUGUUUGAUAAUAGUGACGAAGACUUUGGAUUAAGCUUUUUGAGUCUUCGAAGCACCACGAGAAAGACAUUUUCAGUUGACAUUUUCAAAAGAAAUUGUGAUGGGUUUGGUGAUGUUUCAAGUCCACAUAACAAAUUGCUUAACUUUAAACAACCAGUUACUACAAAAGACUUUCAAAUGAGAGUUGAAAAUAAUAAUGUGUGUUUGGAAAAUGUUGUAUUUCGAGAAUAUGGUGUUUUUGCCACUGUGGCCGUUAAAAACAUUUCUUAUGUAAAGCAAGUUAGUGUUAAGUAUACAUUAAAUAACUGGCAGACACAUGAAACAAUCAAUGCAACAUAUGUUCCUGGGUCAUCAACUGGAUGGACUGAUACCUUUUCAUUUGAAAUUAUUCCUAAAGGUAGCAUUAAUGAUAUUUCUUAUAUUGAAUUAGCAGUGUGUUACUCUGCUAACAACCAAGAACAUUGGGACUCAAACUAUGGCAAAAAUUAUUCCAUUUCGUUUCAAGGCAGAGUUGAUUGUAAAAAAAAAUCCGCAGACAAUUAUAAUGGAUUUAUAUUGUCUAAGCAAAACUUUAUUGGUUGGGCAACAUAAGUAAAUAAUAUAUAUGCAUAUUAAUAUUUAACUAGCUAGCUAAAUGACAGUCUUCAUAAUGUCAUGUAUAUCUAAUUUUUUGACAUGUGAAAUAAGCAUGGUGGAUAUGAUUUAUUUUACAAAUUUUCUAUACUCGUAUAUAUAUGUAUAUAAGUAUUAUUAGCUAUAUGCAUGAAAUCUUUUAGGGAAUAACAUACACACUUUAUCAUCAAUAUGGUUUUAAAGUGUAAAUAAAUGUAUUUUACUUAACCAAACCAAAAACUCAAAAUUUAUGUUAAAAAGGUAUUAGUAAACGUUUUUAUUGAUUUAGUUUUUUUGUGUGUUUUUAUUAUUUUGUUAGGCAUGAUAUAUAUUCAUGCUCCUAUUAUUUAAUGAUGUGCAAUGCCUAAUAAAUUUUUUGUAUCUGUUUGUGUUUAAUGUGUGUUUGUUUUUCCAAUGUGUGCCAUUUGUUUGUUUUUUAAAUUCAUUAUUUUCUAGUUGUGUGUGCAGUGGUUAGUCCUUUUAAAAUGUGUGAAACAUUGUUUUUUUUGUUCACAACUCUUAAAUGGUUUUCUUAUUUGCAGUUUCACAAUAAAGUAUUUUUUUAUAAAACAGUUGUAAUUGAAAAUUUUAGUUAAAAGUGAAUAAAAAAAUAUAUUGUAUGAAUUGUGUA